GUUUACUCCACGAAGGAAGAGCAGAAGAGCUGAUUUGGAACAUAACAACUUGCAAAAGAAACAUUUUAAAGUGAAGCUCUGCAAACAUGCCGGAGACUGCCACUUACACACUGGUCUAUGAGCCAAGCACGUCGCCAAAAUUCAGUGUCAAUGAAUUCAAGAACAAGCUUGAAAAGGGCGAUGACGAGUCCAAGAUUAUCACGAUGCGCCAGAUCUUGAUCACGAUGAUCAACACCGAUCCAAUGCCAGAGCUUUUGAUGCAUGUCAUCAGAUACGUGAUGCCUUCCAAAAGCAAGGAAUUGAAGAAGUUGUUGUAUUUCUACUGGGAAAUCUGCGAAAAGUAUGACAAGGAAGGGAAGUUGAGACAUGAAAUGAUCUUGGUCUGUAAUGCCAUCCAGAGAGACUUGCAGCACCCAAACGAAUUUAUUAGAGGUGCCACAUUGAGAUUCUUGACCAAGUUAAAGGAACCUGAGUUAUUGGAAACAUUGGUUCCAAACUGUAGGGUCUGCUUGGAGCAUCGUCAUGCCUAUGUCAGAAAAAAUGCCGUCUUUGCAAUCUAUUCCAUUUUCAAAGUUUCAGAUCACUUGAUUCCUGAUGCGCCAGAUUUAAUUCUUGACUUCUUGUCGGUUGAAAGCGAUGCAACCUGUAGAAGAAACGCGUUUGUCUGUUUGAGCAAUUUGAACAGAGAGGCGUCAUUGAGAUACAUCCAGGAACAACCUCUUGACUCGUUGGAUCCUUUGAUCCAAUUGGCCAUCAUCGAGUUCAUCAGAAAAGACGCUUUGCAGUACUCAGACUUGAGAUCACAAUACCUACAAAUUGUCACUUCUUUGUUAGAUAUCUCGAACACUGCAGUUGAGUACGAAGCUGCCACAACAUUAAGUGUCUUGAGCUCUUCUCCAAGUGCUGUCAAAAGUGCCGCUGCCAAAUUUGUUGAGCUAGCUGUGAAAGAGUCCGACAUCAACGUGAAGUUAAUUGCGCUUGAAAGAAUCAGCGAGUUACAUUCUGAAAACCAGGAUGUUCUAGAUGACAUUUGCUUGGACAUCUUGAAAGUUUUGUCUUCUCCUUCAGUUGACGUGAGAAAUAAGGCAAUUGAGAUUGGUUUGAAGCUGGUUUCCAGUAAAAAUGUCGAGGAUGUUAUCAAGCUUUUGAAAAAAGAAUUGCAUAGAACCACCAACUCAAAUGAAGAUAAGAAUGUCGAAUACAGACAAACUUUGAUCAGUGCAAUUCACUCAAUCGCCAUCAAGUUCCAUGAAAUCGCCGCUUCCGUUGUCGAUCUCUUGUUGGAAUUCAUUGGCGAGUUGAACACAGCUGCUGCCUCCGAAGUGAUCACCUUCGUCAAACAGGUGAUUGAGAAAUAUCCUGAUCUCAGAGUUAACAUAAUCAACAGAUUGCUUAUCUCUCUAUCCAACGUCAAAUCGGGUAAGGUUUACAGAGGAGCUUUGUGGAUUUUGGGUGAAUACUGUUUAGAGGAAGCAGACAUUCAAUCGACAUGGAAGUACAUUAGAACGAACAUUGGUGAGAUUCCAAUUUUAGCAGCAGAGAAGAAGCUCAACGGUGCUGACGAUGAAGAAAAUAAUGGUGAAGCAGCCGGUACCAAAGAAAAUGGAGAAUCCAAGUCGGGUCCUAAGAUUUUGGCUGAUGGUACAUAUGCCACAGAGAGUGCAUAUAGCGAGUCAAAGGAAAUCAAGUCGAAAUCAAAUAAGAACCUGAGAACUCCAAUUAGAAGCUUGAUCAUAGAUGGUGACUUUUACCUUGCCUCUGUUUUGUCAUCAACUUUGGUCAAAUUGAUCUUAAGAUUGAAUAAAGUUUCCGAACGUAAGGACCUUCUUAAUGCAUUAAAGGCAGAAGCUAUGUUGAUUAUGGUUUCUAUCUUGAGAGUCGGUGACUCGCAGUAUGUGAAAAAGAAAAUUGAUGAGGAUUCAUCCGAAAGAAUCAUGUCUUGUAUAAGAUUUUUGUCUGAGGAUCAAACUGACAUCAAAUUGUUGGAAGAGGCUUUCUUGGAUGACACUAUGGAUGCCUUCAAGCAACAAGUGGAAGAACAACUCUCGAAGCAAGCACAAAACACGGAGACGUUGCAUGUCACUCAAGAACAGGUUGAUGAGCCUAUCGCCUUCAGACAAUUUGUUAACAAGGACAACAAGGUUGUUGAUGAUAAUGAAAAAGAACUCAAUGCUGUCCAGCACGGCGCCCAGCCAAAGGAAGAUUUGACUUCGAGAUUGAACAAGAUUGUCCAGCUUACGGGUUUCUCUGAUCCUGUUUAUGCGGAGGCAUACGUCAAGGUUCACCAAUACGAUGUCACCCUUGAUGUCCUCAUUGUCAACCAGACCACUACCACUUUGCGUAACUUGAGUGUCGAGUUUGCUGCAUUGGGAGACUUGAAGGUUGUCGACAAGCCAACGUCGAACAACAUUGCCCCACAUGGUUUCCAUAGAUCGCAAACUACCAUCAAGGUCUCGAGUGCCGAUACCGGUGUCAUCUUUGGUAACAUUGUCUACGAUGGGCAACAUGCCGAUAACAGCACGAUCGUCAUUCUAAGUGAUGUCCACAUUGACAUCCUAGACUACAUCAAGCCAGCUGUGUGUACCGAAGCACAGUUCAGAAAGAUGUGGAACGAGUUCGAAUGGGAGAACAAGAUCAGCGUCAACUCCACCUUGCCUAGCUUAAAAGAGUACCUCGAGGAAUUGUUGAGAGGCACGAACAUGAACAACUUGACCCCUGGUGCCAUCAUCGGUGAUUGCCAGUUCCUGUCUGCCAACUUGUAUUCCAAGUCGACGUUCGGGGAAGAUGCACUAGCCAAUCUGUGUAUCGAAAAGAACGCCGACGGCUUGAUUGUCGGACACGUAAGAAUCAGAUCGAAGGGCCAAGGUCUUGCUCUCAGUCUUGGAGACAAGGUGGCUGCUGUGGCCAGAAAGACUAACGGUGUUGUGGUCACUGAAGUGUAG